GCGCCCCCACUCCCACCACACCACGCCAGCCAUGAGAAAUUUCGCCGCCCCAGCAAGCAGCUCAGCGUCGUCGCCCGGUGUCAACCAUGACAUGAUCCACCUCCCGCGCGUGCGUCCCCAUAUAUACAUGCGAGAGCGCACGCGCUCACACCUCCCCUCACCAACCCACAAAUCCCGAGUCCCAACUCAACUAGUUUGGCGAUCAGCUCCCAGUCGAUCAAGCAGCUGUCUAGGGAUCUCACCGGCGGCUUUAGUCGUUAUUAGGGCCUUCUUCGUAAACUUACCCGCCGACAAGGCCGAGACUGGCCGUGGCCGGCCGGCUACAUAUAUACGCCGGAGACUGUCAUGGCUGACGGGCUGCCUCCGGGGUACCGUUUCUACCCGACGGAGGAGGAGCUUAUAUGCUUCUACCUGCGCAACAAGCUCGACGGCAGCCGCGGCGACAUCGAGCGCGUCAUCCCCGUCGUCGACGUCUACUCCGUCGACCCCUUGCAGCUCUCAGGUAGAACCAUCGAUCAUAUACGGAUUCCUACGUACGUACAGUGCGUUGCGUCAUCCUGCCUCUCACCUGCGCACAUACGCAGAGAUCCACGAGAGGCUGUGCGGCGGCGAGGGGGAGCCGUGGUUCUACUUCUGCGCGCGGCAGGAGCGGGAGGCGCGGGGCGGGCGGCCCAGCCGCACCACGCCGUCGGGGUACUGGAAGGCGGCGGGCACGCCCGGGGUCGUCUACUCCGCCGACCGCCGGCCCAUCGGGCUGAGGAAGACCAUGGUGUUCUACCGCGGCCGCGCGCCGUCCGGGACCAAGACCAAGUGGAAAAUGAACGAGUACAGGGCAUUCCAGCACGAGCACCACGACGACGGCGCCGGCGCACCCACGGCAACCGGGGGUCCCCACGCCGCUGCGCCACCGGUACCGAACCUCCCUCCGCAGCUGAGAAGCGAGUUCAGCUUGUGUCGACUUUACACCAAAUCGGGGACACUGCGGCAGUUCGAUCGACGGCCGGUUGCAGCUGCUGCACGCGGUGACAUUCCUGGGCCAUCCACGGCAGCCACUGCGUCGCCCGGCGACGGUGACGGCUCCGGUGGAUCCAUGCAGCCGCUUGAGGAGGAGCUGAUGGAGGGAGCUGACGGUGAUCCAUACGGAGACGAUAUUGCCACAUUGGCUGCUCUUCUCUACUCGCCUACGGACUAGAUUAUGCAUUCGUUUCGCAGAUCGAAUCUUGAGUAGUUUCGUCUCCAUUGAUAGAUUAUGCUCUAUCUAAAUCUGUAAAACAUAAAAUUCUGGACAAAAAAUGGUCUAUGAAUUUGAGCACUAGCUAGUUUGUACUGUGAAACUGUAACAGGGAAAAGGGGGAGAAGGGAAGUGACUAUUUCUUAGUCGAUUUAUUUGAAAUAACCAUUUACCA